AGGAUGGAUCCCGUCAAAAACAAAAGAAAACCGUGUCCUUCAGCACAAUGCCCAACAAUCGAAAGAUCAAUAGCACAGCUGCUUGCAUCUCCUUCAUGAUGGAAGGAUGUGAGAUGAAGAAAGUGCGCUCCAACUCCAGGAUGUACAAUCGUUUUUUCCUUUUAGAUCCAGACAUGCGUUUUCUACGAUGGGAGCCUUCGAAGAAGGAUUCAGAGAAAGCUAAACUGGAAAUCAAAUCAAUUCGUGAGGUGCGUGUUGGAAAGAAAACUCCAGUUUUGAGAAGUAAUGGUCUAUCUGAUCAGUUCCCAGAAGAAUGUGCCUUUUCUAUUAUUUAUGGGGAAAACUAUGAAUCAUUGGACCUUGUUGCCAGUACUGCUGAUAUUGUCAACACUUGGGUGAUGGGGCUUAGGUACUUGGUAUCUUAUGGAAAGCACACUCCGGAUGUUGUAGGAGCUAAUCAAACAAGUUUAAGAACACUGUGGAUCUCAUCUUUGUUUGAGAUUGCUGAUAUAGAAAAAAAUGGACACAUUCCAUUAUCUAGAUCCAUUCAACUUAUCAAGGGACUUAACCCUGGUAUGAAGGCUUCAACUGUAGAACUAAAAUUCAAGGAAUUGCAGAAAGCUAGUGAUAAAUAUGGCAGUAAUAUUACUUGUGAUGUUUUUGGAGAGGCCUACUGUGAACUGUGUACCAGACCAGAGGUAUUCUUUUUACUGGUUCAGUUUUCUAGCAAUAAAGAGUAUUUGGACUUAAAAGAUCUGAUGAUCUUCAUGGAAGUGGAACAAGGUAUGGAAGAGGUAAAUGAAAUUACAGCACUGGAAAUCAUCAAUAAGUAUGAGCCUUCCAAAGAAGGACGUGAAAAAGGAUACCUCACAAUUGAUGGGUUCACCCGUUAUCUUCUUUCAUCGGACUGUUAUAUAUUUGAUCCUCACCAUAAGGUGGUCUGUCAGGAUAUGACAAGACCAUUAUCACACUACUACAUCAAUUCUGCUCAUAAUGCAUGCCAUCUAGAAGAUCACUACUGGGGCACAUCCGAUAUUAGUGGCUAUAUACAAGCCCUUAAGAUGGGAUGUCGAAGCAUUGAGCUUGUUGUUUGGGAUGGCCCAGAUAAUGAGCCUCUUAUUUACCUUGGUGUGUCUGUGGUUUCACAGGUGGCUUUUCGAAGUGUAAUAAGUGUAAUAGACAAGUAUGCAUUUGAAGCAUCAGAGUACCCAUUAAUCCUUUGCUUGGUAGUUCAUUGCUCUGUUCGACAACAGCGUUUCAUGGCUCAGUGCUUAAAAAAGAUCCUUGGUGACAAACUUUAUUUAAAUCCAGCAUGCCCUGAUGAAAUCUACUUGCCAUCUCCAGAACAACUGAAAGGCAAGAUUCUAAUAAAAGGUAAGAAGCUGCCUUCAGAUAAUUCUGACUCAGAGGGAGAUGUAACAGAUGAGGAUGAAGGCAUGGAGAUUGCUAGGAGAUUGGGUCACGAUGGUCGUGAACAUCUUAAUGGGGCUGGCCACAGAAAACUGCGACUCUGUAGAGAACUCUCAGACCAGGUAACUCUGUGCCAGUCCACAAAGUUCAAGGACUUUGAAAACUCUAAAAGAAACCAAAAAUACUGGCAGAUAUGUUCCUUUAACGAGGUUACUGCUAGUCGCUUUGCCAAUGAAUAUCCUGAAGAGUUUGUAAAAUACAACAAAAGAUUCCUCUCAAGGAUCUACCCAAGUUCAAUGCGAAUAGAUUCUAGCAAUAUGAACCCCCAAGAUUUCUGGAAAUGUGGCUGCCAGAUUGUGGCCAUGAACUACCAAACCCCAGGUCUUAUGAUGGAUCUUAAUACAGGAUGGUUUAGACAGAAUGGAAACUGUGGCUAUGUCCUACGUCCCUCAAUAAUGAGGGAAGAAGUAUCCUAUUUUAGCGCCAAUGCAAAGGACUCUUUGCCUGGUGUUUCGGCUCAGCUGCUUCACCUAAAAAUUAUUAGUGGUCAAAACCUUCCCAAACCUAAAGGAUCAGGAGCAAAGGGAGAUGUGGUAGAACCAUAUUUGUAUGUAGAGAUACAUGGGAUACCCGCUGAUUGUGCAGAACACCGGACAAAAACAGUAACACAAAAUGGGGACAACCCGAUAUUUGAUGACAGCUUUGAAUUUCACAUAAACCUUCCAGAGUUGGCUAUACUGCGAUUUGUAGUACUAGAUGAUGACUUCAUUGGAGAUGAGUUUAUAGCCCAAUAUACCAUCCCAUUUGAGUGCCUGCAGACUGGCUUUAGACAUGUUCCUUUACAGUCUUUAACAGGCGAGUUCCUCCAAAACACCACAUUGUUUGUCCAUAUUGCUAUCACUAACAGAAGAGGAGGUGGAAAAGCACACAAGAGGGGGCUUUCUGUACGCAAAGGCAAGAAGGUUCGUGAAUAUACAUCAACAAAGACUACAGGCAUCAAAGCAAUUGACGAGGUGUUUAGGACGGCUACUCCUUCUCUUCGAGAGGCCACUGAUCUUCGAGAAAAUGUUCAGAAUGCUUUAGUAUCUUUCAAGGAACUGUGUGGCUUGACUUCAACUGCCAACAUGAAACAGUGUAUCCUGACUGUGUCUGCAUGGUUACUGAACAGUGAAAGCCCUCUCAAUGUGACACUCAACCUCCGCUCACAGUACCCACUUCUAGAGGCUCAUGGGCCAGUUCCUGAUCUCUUAAAGAAAGUCCUUACAUCGUAUGAAGUGGUAGGUGUGCAUAUUUUUAUAAAACCCACCUUUGUAAACGAUAUACUGUGUAUGUUUUUUGCUGGUUGUUCAUUUUCAUUCCAGAAAAGUAGUAGAAUACCAAUCACAAUGAAAAUGUAG